AGCUCAAGCUGGUAGUCUAAUGUUAAUGCAGCAGAUGUUUAGUUCUUUCGUGAGUUACUGAUUGGAAACUGGACUUCAAGCAAAAUGGGUCCUCUGGUGUUUUUGCUGCUCCUCGCAUCGGGCGCCUUCCCUGAGUUGGAGUGUGCCGACGGAUCCAAUAACAAGAUGCCUUCUCCCACGGAACCCACCAUCCAGAAAGGCGAGGUCUUCUCAGAGCACCGAAGAAUCUUGCUUCAGCCCAUGACCGUAGAAGUGUUUACUUCAGAAACCGCACGUCUAGGCCCUUCAGAAGGUUUCUGCAUGAAAAGGGUGAAGUGCGAUGACGACAGCUCUUCGGACGAAGCGCCUCAAACGGACGAAGAACAUCAGGAUGUGCCAAGAACUCUGGAAGUGAAGGCAACCGCAGAAACUUCCACGGCUAGCUCAGUAUGGUCAACGAGACCUCCAUUGACGUGCUCCAUUCCAGUUCAAACGAUGUACACCUACCGGGGCCACUGCGUGAGGCUGAGCCUGGACGUGGGAGGCUGUCGGUCCGGCAGCAUGAUGUCGCCCAUGCAGCCACCCUGCCACCCUCCUCCUAAAAUCUAGCGCUUGCUGUCACGUCUCACCACGUCGAUCGCCAGUCAGUUGUCUUUUUAAAUCUACUCUCCAGCAUUGUAAUUUACUCAAUAACGGUUCUA